AGUACCUAAAAAAAAUAAAUUAUUCAAAAGACAGAACACCGGAUAUCCAGUCUUGUUCACGUGACGCGUACGUCAGAAUUCAAAUAAUAUCUGUAAGUAUACGAGUACUGUGUCAUAAACAUGGAUAAACCUGUCGGAAUAGUAAAUAACCAGGAAGAUAAAUGGGGAUGGGUUGUAGCCACUGCGUGUUUCGGCAUCAAUUUUAUCAUUUUGGGAUUGCAAAGAUCAGCAGCUAUUGUUUACGUUGCUUUACUGGCAGAAUUUGGGAUAACUAGGGAACAAGCAGCAUGGCCUAUCACUUUAUGCUCAUCAAUAAUGUUUCUAGUUGGUCCUCUUGCAGGAUUUUUGGCCGAAUUUUUAAUUAUAAGAACUAUUGUCUUCAGUGGAUGCUUAAUAGCAUCUAUAGGUGUUAUUUUAUGUUUUUUUGGCCACAGUUUGGUAUUCAUUAUCCUGUUUUUCGGAGCCGUACAAGGCUUUGGAAAUGGAUUAGUAAUCACUCUAAAUCCAGUCAUCAUCAAUCAAUAUUUCAAAAAACACAAGGCAACAGCGAGUGGAAUCGCUUACGCAGGAGCUUCUGUAGGAUCCAUAGCUCUUCCACCAUUUACGGAGUAUCUUUUGGAUGAAUAUAAUUUAAGAGGUUGUUUUCUUCUUCUCGGAGGCAUAAUUCUUCAAGGGCUUGUUGCUGCAUCUCUCUACAGACCUCCAAAAUCUGUUAUGAGGAAAAUAGGAAACGUCCCGGAAAUUGAACAAUUGGUGAAACCUCAAGAACAAAUGGACUCCAGGAGUGUAGAAUUAUCUUCAAAAUCCAAAAAUUUUUUUGAUGGUCUAAGAGGAACCUUAGAUGUCAUCACGCAUCCUUAUUUUUUAAUCAUUUGUGUGAAUUACACGAGUUUCUUCAUCUGUUACAUCGCAUUUGCUAUGGUUUUUGUGGAUUUUUCUUUAGAUCGUGGCAUUGAGGAAUCAAAUGCUACGUUUUGUAUCUCAGCUUUCUCUGUAGGAGAUCUCUUUGGAAGAUUGUUUACUGGAUGGUUAUCAGAUUUUGGAUAUAUAAAAACUAAAUACCUUGUUACGGUGAACUUGCUAACUAUGGGUAUUUUGUUCUUAAUCUUUCCCAUUUUCUCCAGUUACGUUAUCAUAGUGAUAUUAUCGAUCUUAAUCGGUUUAUUGACAGGAUGCAUUCUCAUUAUAUUUCCCGUAUUAAUGACUGAAUAUUUAGGACUUCAACGUCUAGCCAUGGCAAUGGGAUUUUCUGGAUUUACGCUCGGAUGUACAUCUUUAGCUCUGCCAAAUUUGAUAGGGACUUUGAAAUCUGAAUAAUGAAACUAAUAAGAUGCUACAAGAGUCUCGUUGCUAGUAUUAAAAGGUCGACAAUUAAAGUACAGACAAGAAAAAUUCCUAGAACUGAAGGUCGAUAGAUAAAGACAAUGGGCGACAGACGAAAGACUCACAAGGACAAUAAGCCAGUCUUCAAAUGGCAACAUCGAACAAAAUAUAAAUACUGUAUACUUAAUUUUAUGUCAAAUUAUUAUGUUCCUAAAAAAUAUUAUAAAAUAUUAUAUGAAUGAGGAAAUCUUAUUGGGGGAGGAUAUGAUAAUUCAUUUUUAAAUUUUGUUCUGUUGGUACUGGAACAAUUAAAUUCACUUAAUAUAAAAUUAAAUUUGUUUCUGCAGGUUACAAACGCAUGGGUAAAGUGGUUGGAGCCUUCUCAGUUGUAGUGUUUUCUCAUAGGAGUAAAAAGUCAAGGAAUCGAUGGUGUACGUGUGACCCUUUGCGAGAUAUAAACCCUCGAUAUCAGCCUACCUAGAAUUUUGAAGAUCUUCAAAAAUGAGAAAAUUAAAAAAGUGAAAAAAUCCGGAACUAUUUCUCAAAACAAUGCUAAAAUUCAACUGUUUUCCACUUUACUAGAGAGGCUAAAACAGCAUAAAACACAAGAAACGCCAUUGCAUCGAUUACUUCUAGGAGCGAUCGGAGUCUCACUGCGUGUUCAAUUCAGCCAAUCGCAAGCUGAUUUCGGGGAGGGUUAUAUCUCGCGAAGAGUUACGUGCCCUUUGACAUUUUUACUCCUACUGACAUAGACUACAGCUCUAAGGUGGCGUGCACAUACUGCGACGACGGAUUUUGCUUCAUUUUUUACUCCUACUCCCUCCUGUAUACAAUUCGAAAUCACCACUGCCUCCCCUUCCCCAUUUACGCAAUGAUAUGUACUGUACAAUAAAU